CUACAUACCACAAAGAGACGCGAGCCGUCGCGACGACGCAUACGAGGUAUCUCCGGCGCGCAAUUCUCACGUGUGUUUCUACGCGUUUCCGGUUACUGUUGGUAGCACAAAUUUGCCGCGCUCAAGGAAUACGAUUUCCGGUGUGAACAUUUGGCCGUCAAAGGCCGGGGAAAUAUCGAGAGGAAACUAGGGCGUAUUUUAUGCGGCCGUAGCCGCACCGUCGUGGAGCAGCAGAUCUUCUUCAUCAAGUUGAUGCAGAAACUUUCCGAAUAAAACACACAAACAGGAAAAUUUCGUGGUAAAUUGAGAAAGAUCGAACGCGAACGGCGAACAGCGUUAGAUUUCUUCAGCAAACAGAGCGCGAUGGGACAGGAGAUCUAAUCGAGAAGUAACGUCCUCGGGAGACAUUCUUUGAACAACCGGCACGUGGCAGCUCUGACAGACACAUCGGCACCGCCGGUGACGUUCAGAGACGAUCAGCAGAAACCGCACGCGGAACAAAAGAGAGCCUGAGAAGCGAAAUCGUCUUCUUCCAGACGAGCGUGCGGAAGGAGGAACUUUCGAGGUCGUGCCGUGCAAAAAGCCACGAUAUCAGAGAUAACGUUUUGAAACUAAUUAAUCCGCGUGGCAAACAGGCUCGUCGCUCUUACGACGUGUCUGUCGAGACGACACUGGCAGUCGUAAUCGUUGGCUGCCAGUUGCAUACUACGUCGAUUUGCGAAGUACCGCGGCUGGCCUCAUUUUCGCGUCGUCGAAUAGUUCUGUCUUAGAAUAGAUUCUAAUAUCUCUAGGUGACCGUGGAAAUUUUCAGUGUCUUCAGCAACGAGACACGUAAUUCGUAAUAAUAUACAUUCCUCCGAUGAUCAUUGUUGUGACGUCUUAAGUGAUAACUAAUACAAAUAUGCUUCUCGCAGUUACUCUCCUCGAAUCCACGACAUCUGCAAUCAGAAGAUAAGUUGAAGGCUGAGCAUCUUCGAGAUAAAUUACUGGACUAUCACAGCGAGUGAAAAACUGCCAAUGAUAAAUUUAAUUCGUUCGUAACGGAAGAAGAGAGUUUUUGAGGCAUUAGAAUCUUCAGGUGACGAAUUGCGAAUUUGCAAGACGACGUGAUUAGCACGAGACAACGCUAGAGGAUAAAGGAAACGCGUCUCGUUGAUCAACACUGAGUGGUACCAAUUGAGAGUCGACCCUCGAGAGUGGAGCCUAUUGGCCAAGCUGUUAAUUCCUUGAAGCACGGUUGGAUUGGAUCACUCGUGGACAUUCCAGAGUUUGUGUCGGGACCGUUAGGCAAUCUAUCGACUACCGUCUUGCUAGCCGGACUUCUUUUCCCGAAGAAGAUCCGGAACUUUGUAUCCUACUAAAACUCAACAAGAAGGAUCAACUGUCUGUGAAUUUUUAGUGAUUGUUCACUGGAAAACAUAUUAAGCAGUUUAAUUCUUAAGACCGAAGAGGGAAACAUUUAAACCAAAGUGAGAUCAACAAGUCAUCAGCAGUGAAGAAAUCUCAAAACAACGUCAUACUUAUUAACGCAAGAGAAUCAUAAAGUUCUUCUCGGCAUUGCAUUAGCGAUUAUAAAGAGGAAGAUUUUGAUCACAUUCGAGAUUCUUGACGACUGAAUGGCCCACAUUUACUGGUUGCUACUUUUUGAAAGACUCUGAUAGUGUCUCUUUGUGGAGUAACAGCAGGGAUACGAUACUAAAAGAGAGAAAGACGCGGGCAUAUCGUCAAGAGGGUUAAGUCUCUUUGGUCCUACCAGGAGAGCCUUCGCUUUGCAGAUUGUUCUUAGAAGAACCAGAUUUCCAUUCGCCACCGAGAAGAUUUUGGAACGUGGUGAACGAAACUCGAACUUCCAUUGACGUCAUUCACAAGAGGCCUCGUUCAUUUCCUCCUGGCUCGGAUUCUUUUUUUAGACGGCACCAUGGAGCGAAGGAUCAUGAAAAUGUGGUGAUAACGGUCAGGCGGAGGCCUCCGAUAUCCAAGACACUAUCCAGUGUGUGAGCCAUAGUCGUUAGAAAGCAAUCGAAACAUAAUCGUAACGUUGAACAUUCAGGAAUUUCGGGGACAUCCGCCAAUUAGACAGUUUUACAUUUUCACGAGAAGCAGUUUCUUUUAGACAAGGAUUACUUUUUUGUCUUUAACAUCUCUGACUGAAAUAUUGGAAAUUAUAACAACACUACAGCUACUUGGAUCCAACGAGGCGUAAAAGUUUCGAAACAUAAAGCUUCGAGUUGAUCUUCUAUAGACGCAAGAUCUUGAUAAGAUAAUUAAGGUGUGUCACGCGGAUACUCGUCUACCUCGAAUAUUUUUGGAUAUGCAGAAUUGACAUUCUUUCGUUCUUCGUUACAAAAAGAAUAUCUUUUCAAGCGAUUCUUAUCUAAGGUGGAGGAGAUACCAGGCAAAAAGCAUCAAUCGUUAAAACGUAUAGAAGAAGGAAAAGGUUCUCCGCCGAAACGGCAGCUAAGCUUCAGCACAAUUAAGAACAAGAUGCGUUGCAGCCAAGGCGUGGCAAUGAUAUUCGAGGACGCGUUCGUCGUCUUUUCGCGUUUUUUGUCACUGAAAUCGCGAGGCUGUACACUCUUAGAAACACAUCGGCAACGUGAGACCACCGGCAUCAAGAAAUUGUAUAACAGCUUCUUCGUGAUGUUCUAAGAGUGGGCGGAUCAGCACGCGUACUCGGCCCUGAUAAUCACCGGCGGUCGGGUGAUGCACCGUGUAUUUCCGGGCACAUCGAAGAUCUGGACCAAGGGAUACCUAUAGGGUGGACGCACAGCACGAUCUUCAACAGGCACGAAAGGCACACGUGGUGAAAUGGAAUGAGUGCUUAUUGCAGCUAGAGAACAGACAGUCGGAGACGAAGAUCAUCGAUCUGUGAUUUGAAAGCAGCGUGGACUCGUCGCCUUUUACAGAAUCGUCGCCAAGAAACACAGUCAUCAAAUUCAUUUUUGCAUAUACAUACGUAUAGCAUUUAAAGUGGUAAAGUUGUAAUUCAUAAGUCGUCCAUGUCUUCUCAUCCUUGAAGAGAAGGAUCUUUUGGCGCUAGAAAAUUGAUACGUCGACGGAGUCUCUUUAAGGACGGUUGAAGACUGUUACCCUUGGUAGAUCUGAGAUCAAAAAUUAAUAUAUAGAUAUUUCUUAUCCGGAAAUCGCUACAGGCAAACCCGUUAGUGUCGCAGUACGUAGAUUGUAGACGAUAAUUAAUUUGAUCACGUGUGCUCUGAGAAGCUGUUGAAUGGAGCUGCAACUCAUGAUGGAUGGUGGCGCGGAAACCCUACACGGAACGAUGUGGUUCUCCAACACAUCUCCGUCAUACGAGCAAUUGUCACCGGUUCGUCCAAACAGAUGUGACGUUGUAGCCAACUCUCAACAGACCACAUUGGGGUAUCACAGUCCACAAAAUUCUUUAUGGCAAGAUAAGCACUCGCCGAAAAAUUCGCCGACUGGCGGUGAUCAGAUACAUUUAAACAGCAGCUCGCCACAACAACUCUCGCCUUCCGGAUCUUCCCCGAAUUGUGAACAGAACAAUUUGAAACGCCGUUCCACGGAAUCGGACAUUACUGAACUUGAAAAGAAACAUAUUAGAAGAGAUGGAUCCAUCGGAAGCAAUGGCUCUGGUCAAGGUUGGUCCACGCAAGUGGAGGAACUUGCUGAACACCUUGCCGCUGAUUUUGAUGGAUCAUUAUCCGCUCUUGCGGCAUCUGAUCUUGCAACAGCUGUCGCCUCUUACACUAAUAUGAGCGAAGCCCUCCUCACUUUGCCAUCGUUAACAGUCUUCAAGCAGGAGGCGCCUUCGCCUGAGAAUCAGCAUAACAAUCCCAAUUUAAAUCACGUAUCGCAAAGGGCGAUCAAUACAGUGCCGACUAGCAAUGGAAAUGUCGGUUCCGUAGAGGCCGACAGCAACAACAAUGGACAAACCGCGGCUAGUCUCCAUCAACUCUUGUACUCCUCCAACGAGGAGUACCCGCCAACUUCAACUGCGACCAACCACGUUUCUUCUUCUCAGCAGGGAAACGAAUUGAACGAGGAUUGCCGUUUUCAGUACGUCUUAGCAGCCGCUACCAGUAUCGCCACUAAGGUUAAUGAAGAAACGCUAACGUAUCUAAAUCAGGGGCAAUCGUAUGAGAUUAAGCUGAAAAAAUUAGGCGAUUUGUCUGCCUAUCGUGGAAAGAUUUUAAAGGGACAUUCGACCUUUCUGUUCCAGUCGACGAUUCGCAUUUGCUUCCACGAGCGACGGCUGCAAUACACGGAACGGGAACAGAUGCUAGCCUGGCAACGCGCUAGACCGGGAGAGAGAUUACUAGAGGUUGACGUUCCUCUCAGCUAUGGUAUGGUAGAUGUCUGUCAACCGUCGCUAUCCAACAACAGCGUGGAGUUUAUGUGGGAUCCUACAAAAGAAGUCGGCGUUUAUAUUAAAGUCAAUUGCAUAAGUACUGAGUUUACACCGAAAAAGCAUGGUGGAGAGAAAGGCGUUCCCUUCCGAAUUCAAGUAGAGACUCGAUUACCAGGAGGACCACGCCUGCACGCAGCCUCAUGUCAGGUGAAAGUCUUUAAAUUAAAGGGAGCAGACCGUAAACACAAGCAAGAUCGUGACAAGAUAUUGAGACGUCCUCCUCACGAACAAGAUAAAUAUCAACCUAGCUACGACUGUACCGUCCUCUCCGAUAUUCCUCUGGAAUCCUUAUCGCCUUCAAACUUGCCGGCGCAGAAUGGUGGAAGCCCGUACGCCUCAACGGAUGCAAUAUCACCACAAACACGCACGACCAUCGGUGGCAAUUCCUCUCCGGUAGUCGCCCCAUUAGCACUUUCGGUUUCUAAUUCUGGUAUCGUACCAUUGGUUCCGGCUUCGGACGCCGUGAAGGAAAACGUGGGAACGGCGCCGGCCUUGCCAUCGCCUGCAGCCAUAUUGCCAGAUCAACCUUGCAUUGAAGCUGAUGUUAGUUUGACAGCACGCAAAGCUACUUCCCCGCAACAACUAAUCGAGUUUAUAAAAACAGGUGCCCCAUGUCUCACCGAAUUACCGCCCGACGCAAAUGCCACGCAGACAACCGCCUGGCUUCGUGCCAGCCGAUUCAACGCGUUCGAGUCAACAUUUGCAAGCUUCUCUGCAUCGGAUAUUUUACGCUUGUCCCGAGAGGAUUUAAUUCAGAUCUGCGGCGUGGCAGAUGGCAUUCGACUGUUCAACACAUUGCAUUCUAAGGCUCCAACCCCGAAGCUUACUCUCUAUUUCUCGUUGGAAAGCAACGGCUCACUCUGGAGAGUCGCAUACCUCGACAGUUUAACGAGCACCGCUCUCACAAACAAGUUGCUCAACGCUCUAAACUUGCCCCAUGAUCGACUUCACUCAAUACUGUUCCUAGGACCACAGGGUAUACACGUAUUGGUCACUGACGAGCUGGUAGCGAACAUGAAAGACGAGAGUAUGUAUCUCGUUGAGACUAUCAAAGAUCCGACUAGCGAGCGUUACAAGUUAUUAAUAAAGUCAAAGAUCAUUUGAAUAACUUUUGGAAAUUAUCUUCUUAAUCAUUAUUUUUUAUAAAUAAAUAUGUACAAUAUGCUCAGAGAAAAAAAGAGAAAGAAGAA